AUUAUGUUCCGUUAUAUGUGCAUAUGAAUACAUAUUACAUUGUUCGUCUUCCCCAUAUGCAUCACUUCUCCCCGAGGAUACAGCAUGUCUCCCCUUGUCCUGUUACUGGCUGUCAUAGCAGGAAGCAUUUCAGCUUCAACAAUACGAGAUUAUAUCGACGGAAAUAACAUCGAGGAUGUAUUUGAUCACCAAGAAAACGCUGGCCCCGGAAGUGAAGAAAUAACCAAUUUACCGGCUGACAACAUCGACAGCGAGAUGGUUACCGAUACGGACAUCGGUACAGAUCAAGCCAACAUGCAGUGCAAUGAAUUUUACAUAUGCAUGUUCGCAAAUCCGCCCCCUCAACCUUUGGGGUCAUUCACGGAAGGCUUCACCUUUUCCUCUGGAUACUUAAGGGAAACGUGCAGGCAUCUGGAGUCGUCAAUAGCCUGUUAUUAUCAGGGAGAUUAUGCCGCCUGUCCCACGCUGAUGGAGAGUGUUAGAACUAUGACCAACAUGUAUGAUUACAUUUGUGAUGCGCCAGGCAGAUCAGCUGUACUGUCCAUUUUUCAAUGUAUCAAUAACUUCGAGCUCCAGCUGCCAUUGAUGAUGAUGUCUUUCGGGUUGUCACAUUCGAUCAGGACAAUUAUGGAUUGGCCCGACCAGGAGCCUACAAAUAUCGCGCUGAUGAUGUGCAGGGUGGCACAGAGCUUCUACCAAGAGUCCGGAGCGGAGAUUGAACGCCAAUGUUCGGAAGUCGAUCGUGGAACUUUCGAACAUAUCUUCGUGAUAUGGUCGCAGUCUCCGCUACAAAGGUUUAACUGCACGAUUGGAGAAAACAACAACACAAGUCUCUAAAAGUCUGUUUUUACUAACAAUGACUUUUAAUACUCUUCAUAUAGUAAAAUAAAAGCCAAGAGGUUUAUUUUCAAUUCUUAAAAUACAAUUCAAAUGAAACGGAUGUAAUAGCUACCAAACUUGUUUUUGAGUCGAACAUUACUUCUGACGAGUAUUGUAUUUGUUAAGGUUCCGAAUAAAUGCUUCAGCAGCAACGA